UAUUUCUUGUUUUGUAAAUUGUAAAUAUACCGAAAGUAGGUUAAUUAGGUAAUAUAACAAAAGUGUAGCCAUGACGGAUGAACUGAAAUUAGAUCACCGUGCAAAAAAAAGAAUCAAAGAGGUUAAAAGAAAGGCAAGACCAGAACUCGGAGAUAAAGCAACUUGGACUCAACAUGGCUACAAUAAAAAAUUUGAGUCCUUUUGGAAUGUCGCAGACAACGUGGAUCGUAUAGAGGAAUCCAAAGUAUCUGCAGAGGAAUUUAUAGAAAAAUACGAGAAACCUUACAAACCUGUGAUAAUACAAGGUGUUCAAAAUAGCUGGAAAGCCCAGUACAAGUGGACUAUAGAGAGGUUAGUAAAGAAAUACAGGAAUCAAAAGUUUAAAUGCGGAGAAGAUAACGAAGGAUAUAGCGUUAAAAUGAAGAUGAAGUACUAUGUACGUUAUAUGCUUAAUAACGACGACGACUCGCCUUUGUACAUCUUCGAUAGUUCCUUUGGUGAACAUCCAAGACGAAAAAAGUUACUAGAAGAUUACGUUAUUCCUAAAUAUUUCCGCGAUGACCUUUUUCAAUUUGCCGGUGAGCAUCGAAGACCACCGUAUCGUUGGUUUGUUAUGGGACCCGCGAGGUCUGGUACAGGUAUACAUAUAGAUCCAUUAGGGACAAGUGCCUGGAAUGCGUUGAUUUCUGGACACAAGCGAUGGUGUCUAUUUCCUACUCAUACCCCUCGAGAACUUCUCAAGGUGUCUGCAUCCGAGGGUGGUAAACAAAGGGAUGAAGCCAUCACAUGGUUUUCCAUGAUUUAUCCUCGUACAAAGCUACCUACCUGGCCACAAGAUUGUUUGCCAAUAGAGAUCUUGCAAAAUCCUGGUGAAACUGUCUUUGUUCCUGGUGGUUGGUGGCAUGUUGUUUUAAAUCUCGAUGAAACUAUAGCAGUUACACAAAAUUUUUGUUCCCGCACAAAUUUUCCAGUUGUUUGGCAUAAGACGGUACGGGGAAGACCAAAAUUAUCGCGUAAAUGGUUAAAAGUUCUCAGGGAUAAAGAGCCAGAACUGGCAGCAUUAGCUGAAACUAUAGACGUAAAGGAAGAUACGGGCGUUGCUAGUGAUUCUUCCAGUGGUUCAUCGAGUAGUUCUUCGAGCAGUAGUAGUAGUAGUCAAUCGGAAGAUGAAAGCGCAGACGACAGUGGUCAAGAAUCAUUAACAGCGCACAAAAAGAAGAAGAGAAGAAAACUAAAUAACAGCCAACCCUGACAAUAUCAAGCAUUUGGGACCUACAGAGACCUCAGACUGUACAGUAUUAAUCAACAAUUAUUGUUUGUACUAAGAGUAAAUAUAAUUAUUACCACCUUCAUGUUCAUAAUA